UAGUGCCAACGUACCUCAAUAUAGCAAGCCGCGCAAGUACCUAGUAGGUUUGUAUAACGCUAGGCUAGAAGAUGUCUGGUAAGAACUAUUUGGUACCACCUAAAGCCAUCAGUUCAGCACUCCAGGGCCGAAUAAGGUACUACCUAGACCCACCUCCCAAAAAGGGGUCGGCCUCUAGGCUGAGACAUAAGACCCCGGGCUUCCCCCAAAAGAUCCCGUUAGCACCUAGCAUUCGCCUAGAAUAAUCACUACAGUGACUGUACACAACCGCCCGUAAGCACUUAACUGAAACAUGCAGCCACCAGCACCCAUCCCGGCAACCCAACGAGCCAUCAUCCAAGGACCGGCAGGCCAACCCACAAUCGCAAAUGAUGUACCCACACCGGUCCUGCGCCCAGGCACGGUCCUAAUCAAGACUAUCGCCGUAUCGCUGAACCCCAGCGACAACAAAAUGGGCGCCGCCUUCCCAUGCCCGGGCGCAGUCAUCGGCAUGGACUUCUUAGGACGAAUCGUCGAUAUCAAGCCCGCGGAAGGCGUCGAGAGCCCUAGCUCAGACCUACGCCUCGACGACAUGGUGUGCGGCGUAGUGCACGGCUCGAACCCGGGAGACCCCACGACCGGCAGCUUCGCAGAGUACGUCCGGGCGCAGACGGAUCUAGUUCUUCGGGUCCCUGAGAACUUUCCCCUGGAGCAAGCGGUGGCGUUGGGAACACCGCUACUUACUAGCUGUGUUGCGCUGUGGAGCUCGUUGGCGAUUACGGCGUUGCCGGAGAGCCCGCUUGCGAAGCCGGUGCCGGUUUUGGUGUAUGGUGGGAGUACGACUUGUGGGACUAUGGCUAUUCAGCUUUUGAAGAUCUUGGGAUAUGAUCCGGUCGCAACUUGCUCGUCCCGGAACUUCGAUAUGGUUAAAUCGUACGGUGCUAGCGCGGUAUUCGAUUAUACGGCUACUGAUCUUGGCCAUGCUAUCAAGACGCAUACGGGAGGGCGGUUACGCCAUGCGCUCGACUGUAUAGCCGACCAGGCGUCAACGACUUGCUGUUAUGCUAGUUUAGGCCGGCCCGGCGGCCGCUAUGCGUACCUCGAAGCCAGCCCGAAAGAGUGGAAAACGCGGGAGGCUGUUAAAGCUGAUUUCGCCUUAGCGUAUGAGGCCUUCGGGCAUGAGGUCAAGUUAGAUGGGGAGUAUGGCCGGCCGGCAAGUCCAGAGAAGCAUGAGACGGCCGCGAAGAUCUUUAGAGCGUUCCAGAAACUUCUUGAUGAAGGAAAGGUGAAAGGACAUCCGACAGAAGUAGUCGGGCAUGGGUUUGAGAGCAUUUUGGAAGGACUCCGUCGGUUGAAAUCUGGUUCAGUGUCAGGGAAAAGGUUAGUUGUUUGGAUUGAGUAGGGACAAUUGCUAGCAACGAAAGAAUAUAAGAUAAAAGCCUUGUUAUCCAUUUCUCACCUGAAUCACCGAUUUAUGAGAGGAGUGGGACCAAAAGGGGCACGUAUGGACCAGCUUUCACAGUCUAUCUGCCUAGUAAGUCUGCCAAAAGUGGCAUUGCCAUCCAGAUUAUAUAAAGGGGUGGUAAUCCCACCCUUUGCCCUUAUAAUCAACUGUGAC